AUGGUUCGUGUGUUGGAUAUCUCUGUGAACCGAAACGUUGAUGUGGUUUCGCUAGUCGAAUUUGACGCCCUCAGAGGGAGGCUCCUCUUCACUGACCAAGAGCGCCCCCUCAUUGUGCGUGGUCUGAUGGAGCCGGGAAGGAUCAUGGAGUCAUGCGCACUUUCUCUCCUCUCAGCCCCAGCCGCAGACUUCUCUGUGGAGUUGUGUUACGCCGGAGAUUCUCCUUAA